UGUGGAAUAUUCCACUAACACAUCCUCUACUCUGCCGCAAAAACAUAUACAGAAAUGUCAGUGUCCCACAGAUUGAAAGAAAUAACAGAUUUCCAUGAACUGAAAGAGCUACAAAAACUAUAUCUGAAAGAUUGGCCCAAACAUUGUGUUGGAUACUUUUGGCUGGACAACUACUUACGAUGGAUGGAUACGAAGCACUUGAGUUUCUAUACACUGGACAACAAUUGGCAAGAUGAUGGACUUUUUAUAUUGGUGCAUCGUUAUCAACUCUUCUUCGGCACUCUGAAUGAUGGCGGAAAACGGCUUCAAGAAGCUUUGAGUCUGCUGGAUUGGUCAGGGGGCUACAAAGUGAGUGCCAUUCAUGAAAGACAUCACAAGAUCUACAAGGACUUGUUAAAUGACCUGCCAGUUCGCAUGGAUCGAGAACUGAACACCAAUAUGUAUUAUCUAUCCUGUGAGGAAGCCAAGAAACUACAAAUUAACUGCCCAACUGGUUACUAUUUCGAUAAAGUGCGUCUGGAGCAUGCAGAGAUGAUCAACAAUCUGUGGUCGGCUCGUCAUCCAGGAUCCCUGAGGCUUAUUGAACUACUGAUAACCAAGAAUACAAAUGUUGGUCUCUAUGAGAAGGAUUCUGGCAAACUCUGUGCUUGGUGUUUAAGACUACAAAGUGGUUUUCUGGGCGCCCUGGAGGUCUUGGAAACCCAUCAACGACGUGGCUUAGGUUUAGUGGUAGCGGCUGCGAUUUCUCACCUUAUAGCCCAACAGUUGAAUCAAGAUGUCACAGCUUUGGUUAAUAUGAAUAAUAUAUCAGCUGGCAAGAUCUUUCAGAAGUUGAAUUUCCAAUUGCAACAAGAAGAGCAUUACUUCUGGAGCAUGAGUUUGCCAAAAGACAGUAAUGCAAUAAACUGGCCAGCAAACGAGUAAAAUGCAUAGCAAAUAGCAACAGAGAUAACUUUGGGUACUUUAUUUAUCAAUUUGUUCCUAAACGGAUUACAUAUAUGUUUACUUAAAUUACGUUAUCACAUCAAACGGUUAGCAUCGACUGAGCUAUAUCCUAGAAUAAGCUGUGAUACAUGUCAGUGAAAGUAAAGUCAUGUUUAAGAGUUGUGAAAUGAUAAAGACUUUCAAAAUAAAAACAACCCUUUGAACGAAA